AUGCUGCGAGCUUCCCGUACUAUGGCCCGACCAAAAUCACUUGAAAGAUUAGCUGAGGCCGUGGCCAGGUCGACCAGCAAAGAACCACCGAUCAAAGGAACCAAGACAGUAACCACUGACUUGGCAGCUCAACUUACACCAUCGACAAGGGAGGCUAUGGCUGCAGCUAAAGAAGCAAAAAAACUCGUGAAAAAAGUAACGUCUCCAGAGAAGCCAGUACAAGGAAUGACUGCAGAAAAUCGAGAGCCAGACAGUUCUCAACACGAUACCAUUCAAGAAAACAUGGCAGAAAAUGGCACUAUCUAG